AUGGCGUCUCGAGCCGCUGUAGCUUCAUGCCAACUGCGCACCUCUAUUUACGCCAACGCUAGCUUCCCGGCACCCCCCUCCGCAUUCAUCUGCCGAAUCGCCGCGACCACUGCGCGUCUCCACACCAUCUCUUCCGCGCGGGCGUCGUCCGCGGAGACGUCUUCCGCGCAGUCUUCCCCUGUGCGCGCGGUGCGCGCUGCUAAGGACAGCGGCGGCGGCCUGCUUGAUAAGCCCGUGGUAGCCCCUACUCCUGGACGCGAAUCGGAAUUCGAUCUCACCAAGCAGCGCAAGAAGAGCCCUCUGUACCGUGUCAUGCUGCACAACGACAACUUCAACCGCCGCGAAUACGUCGUGCAGGUACUCAUGAAGUGCGUGCCGGGCAUGACGGUGGACCAGGCGGUGAACAUCAUGCAGGAGGCGCAUGUGAACGGCAUGGCAUGUGUGCUCAUCUGCGUGCAGCACGAGGCGGAGGAGGUGUGCCUCAACCUGCGCAGCAACGGGCUCGUCAGCUCCAUUGAGCCUAGGAAGAGGCGCGGGGUGAGAGAAGAUGUGGUGGUGGUGGGUGGUGAGGAGGAGGAGGAGGAGGAGGAGGAGGAGGAGGAGGAGGAGGAGGAGGAGGAGGAGGAGGAGGAGGAGGAGGAGGAGGAGGAGGAGGAGGAGGAGGAGGAGGAGGUGGAGGAGGAGGAGGAGAAGGAGGAGGAGGAGGAGGAGGAGGAGGAGGAGGAGGAGGAGGAGGAGGAGGAGGAGGAGGAGGAGGAGGAGGAGGAGGAGGAGGAGGAGGAGGAGUGA